UCUCCGCCAACAGAAACCAUGGAAGACGCAAGGGAGCUGGGUUUUCAAGAGGCUCCGAUUGAAAUGCCUCAGGAACAGGAGCCGAAACUGUCAGUAAUAGCAUAGAAUGCUAUCUCGCCAUCACUACCUACCCUCAAACCACGCUCCUGACACCGCUCUAGACAAAAGCUCUUGGUCAUCGGGGCAGGAUUCACCAUCAUGCUCACGACCAACGCCCUCAUCUUCUCCGCGGGGGUCUACCAAGCGCUCUACGAGGAAAUGGCCAGCGAGCCGGACAACCCCUUCACCGGCGCAUCCUCCGCCCUGAUCGGCCUCAUCGGGACCCUCGCCAUCGGGUUGAUGUCCAUGACAGGCCCCUUCGUCAUGACGUGGAUCAAGCUGUACCGGCCCCAGGCCGUGGUCGCCGUGGCGGGCGUUAUCUUCGGCGUCGCCUACAUCCUAGCCAGCGUGAGCCGCACCCUCUGGCAGUUCGCGCUCACGCAGGGGGUGCUCGUGGGCAUCAGCGUGUCCAUGGCGUACAUCCCCGCCACCACCACCGCGCCGACCUGGUUCCACGAGCGCCGCAGCCUCGCCAUGGGGAUCAUCAUCGCCGGCAGCGCCGUCGGGGGCAUGAUCUGGCCCUCGGUGCUGACGGCCCUGAUCAACCACCUGGGCUUCCGCAACGCCCUGCGCAUCUCCGGCUCCAUCUGCGCCAUCGCCAUCAUCCUCGUCUCCCCCGCCGUCCAAUGGGAGCCCAGCUUCCACGCACAACAGAUCCAGGCCGAGCGCAAUACCCUCAUCCAGCGCGCCACCCACCGCACCCUCCCCUUCCUCCAACCCCCCCUCAUCAAUUGGCGCCUCACCCGCACGCGCAAGUUCCUCGCCAAAGCCACCGGCUGCAUGCUCCAAUCCGCCGCCUACUCCACCCCGCUCAUCUACUACGCCGCCUUCGGCCGCUCGCUGGGCUACUCCGCCACCACCGCCGCCAACUUCAUCACCAUCAGCAACGCCGCCAACGCGGUCUCGCGCAUCGUCCUGGGCCACGCGGCCGACCAAUACGGACGCAUCAACCUCCUCUUCGCGACCACCUUUGUGAGUGCUGUGUCCGUCGCCGCCUUCUGGGUCCCGUCCACCGUCGUCGGCGCCACUCUGGCCGGCAAGGCGCUGUUCAUCGUGUUCACGGUGCUGUAUGGCUCGUUCGCCAGCGCCUACAUCGCGCUGUUCCCGGCCUCGCUGAUGGAGCUGUUCGGGACGAAGGACUUCACGAGUGUCAACGGCGCGCUGUAUCUGGUGCGGGGCGUCGGGGCGCUGCUGGGGACCCCGCUGACGGGGUUGUUGAUCCCGCAGUCGAGUGCGCUGAUGAGCCCCGCGGUGUAUGAGCGGGCGGCGCUCACGGUCAUGGCCUUGCUGUUUCCGGCGAGCGCUUGUAUCCUGUGGGUGAGGUUGGAGAUGACUGCGGGGAAGGAUUGGAGGUGGAAGGUUUGAUUUGUGCUGACCUAUUCUGUACGACUAAACGGCGGAGGUUGAAAGGCAAUAGUAGGUACCGUAUAGCUGAGACCUCUGCAGAUCUGGAUCAUCACCCACUCCAGCAGGAAGAAGUCUUGACUAAGUGUUUGAUACAUGACUACCUUCAGGAGACUAGACCCCGUUCAGGAAAUUCUCCUGAAAUGCAUACUCCAGCAGACUGGGCGUCUUCGUUGAACCUUCAUUUAUGCGCUGUAACUAUCAACUACAGUGACAAGCUACCAAAAAGACACCACUCCAAAAAUGAAAUUCCAAUUUUAG